UACUGCCUAUAAAAACGUUUGGCACAUCAUGGUAAUGGAAUCAUCUAUGCCAUUUAUCGUGCAAUUGUGUCAUUCCUUCGUUCAGAAGAGUGAGAAGAGGACGAUCAACAUUAAAUCUCUGAAUUUGAUUAAAAUCAACUAAAUAUUUUCGCAAACAUAUUUUACAAGCUAUUUUUUUGGGAGUUUGAAAGCAAAAUGGCGAAAAAAGAGGAGUCAUCAUGGGGGCAAAACCUGUCCCAGAAAAGAUUUGCGGUGCUUUCCUUCUUCCGAUUGGCAACAAUGCCAUCGGGAGACGAUGGGAGUGAUCGAGCGAAUCUUGUCGAAAAUGAGGCCACCAUAAUUCAAGUGGAUGACCUAACAAAGGUCGCAACAUCAAGACAGAUUGCAGUUGGGAGUGCCAAUAACAACGGCGUGGAAAAAUGGUGUGCCUGUAUCUUGGGAUUUCUUGGAGUCAUUACGACCAUUCUGGGAAUGAUCCUCAUACUCGGAAUGUUUAACGGCCUGUCUGGUCAGGAUGUCGCUGUACCGGAAACGUGCGAGACACCAGCCUGCCACAAAAUUGCAGCGGAGUUGCUCUCAUUCAUGGAUCACAGUGUUGCCCCAUGUGAUGAUUUCUAUCAGCACGCUUGUGGUGGAUGGAUUAAACUACAUCCUGCAACAAUUGAUGACGCGGAUAACACAACAUCUGUGCUGACUGAAGUUACAAAACACAAUACAAUGUUGAUUCGAGAAAUUUUAGAAUCUCACGAACCGCUUGACGGAGCUGGAGAGAAAGCAAAACACUUUUAUGUUUCAUGUCUCAAGAAAAAGCAGAUGGAUUUGGAUGAAAAGCAGUCACUAGACUGGAUUUCAGUGAAGGAAGACACGACCCAUGGCAGUGAUGAUGACUUUUGGAGUGGUGACGAAGAUUGGUUGGAAUUAACACGACUCGAAAAAACUUUCACCAACCUUCGCUCCCGUGUUAAACCAUUUCUUGGCAUGAAAGACAAGAACGAGUCCAUUUCCCUGACCUGUGUGACUCUCACUCAAUCCUUCUUUCAAGAUGUGACAGCCCGACUCUUCGCCACAAAGACGUACGGUGUCGAGAAAAUGGAGAAAGUAAGACUUAUGCUGGACGAGGUUUCAGACAUUUAUCAGCGAAAAGUGGCUCAACUGAGCUGGAUGGACAAUGCAACGAAAGCAUAUUUGAUGACGAAACUAGCCAAUACAUCAUACCAACUUGGUUAUCCAAUGUCUAUCAUGGAUACAAAACAAGAGAUUGAAAAUUAUGGACAUGUCGUCGUUUCUCCGGAUGCUUUCUCCUACUCGGCUAACGUCGACGCGCUGGAAAUUCACAAUAUUCUCAACUAUCUUAAUGAAGAUAACAGCGAAAUAGAGUUUGUCGCGGAAGCAAAUGCUGUCUAUCAGUAUUGGAAAGACGUGCUAUACAUUCCUGCCGGAAUUACAAUGGAGCCCUUCAUUUCCUUUGAAUACCCGGAUAUUAUCAUUUAUGCAAAAUUUGCCAUUACUCUGGGACAUGAGUAUACGCAUGCAUUUGAUGAAUAUAUUCGAGGUGCGUGGGGAAAUCAUGGAAUAAAACCGAGCGGAGUCUCCCCCUCUGCCUUUGCAACUUUCGAUAAAAUAAGCAAAUGUUUGCAAAAGCAGUAUGACCACUUUCCUAUUGUGAACUCCUCCGUAGCUGUGAAUGGGACGAGCACGUGGGACGAAAAUUUAGCGGAUGUUCUAGGACUCGAUGUUGCAUUAUCGAUAUUUCAAGAAAAAUAUGCAAAAAAUUAUCGUCCACUUCCCGGCAUGGAAUUUGUCGAUUUUAAACAAGUCUUUUUCGUUGCUGCUGCGCAAGUGGAGUGUCGAUCGUUUUCUGGAGAACAGGCGAGAGAACGCGUCCUGAAGGAGUUCUUCGAACAGGAGUCGCAUAGCCCGAAUUCGAUCAGAGUCUUGGGUCAAAUGGCGAAUAAUGAUGAAUUUUCGAACGCCUUCAACUGCGAGGUUGGAUCUCGAUAUAAUCCGAGAGAAAAGUGUAGAGUAUUUUAUUGACGAGCUAUUAAUGUACAUAUGUAAGUAGACUUGAGGGUUCUGCAAGGUUACAUUUUUCUUGACUGAUGAAGAAGAUCUUACAAAUUUUUAUUAGCUUUGCCACUUUUAAUGUAAAGACUGCUUAAUAGUUCAUUUAUUCCUAUCAUGACAUAAUUAAUGUCUAAUAAUUAGCCAAAGAUCUAGUCACACUCAGUUGAUAAAUAUUGCUCAUUCGUACGGUUUAAGACUUUGAAGAUUUACGGUACAUACAUGCUUAAUCAAUCAGUUUCUUCAAAUGUACGAAAUUUAACUCAUAAACAAUUUUUAGCUUAUCAUGAGAUCUAUUUGUUAAUUUGAUUACUUAUUUAUUACAAAUUUUGCCUAUUUGUAACAAUAUGGGUAAUACAUACGACUUUUAAUACAUACUCUGUUUUUUUAUUGCUUUCCUGAUGGAUAUACGAUAUUAUUCUUAUAUUAAUAAAAAGAAUAUCAAG